AUGGUCACUCAUGAGCACGUCCGAAGAAUUUUCGAUGGGCCAGCCAAGGGCGACAUGUCUAGCUUUUGGCCCCAUGUUGAGCCCAAUGUUGACUGGAUUGUAAAGGGCACCCAUUGUGCGAUCGCCGGGCACUACCAUUCUAUCGAAGAGUUCCAGCAAGGCACCAGGGCUCUCUCAUCAACAUGGGCCGGCCCUCUGCACCUCGUAAUUCAAAGCAUAAUCAUCGAAGGCAACCAAGCGGCUGUUGAGCUCAAGGCCGUUGGUGUCAAGACCAAGAGCGGCGACCCAUUCCCUAAUGAGUACACGUGGCUCCUGGGCUUCAGCGACGACGGCAAGAUUGCGAGUGUCAGGGCAUAUAUGGAUACCGAUCUUGUCACUCGCGUUAUUGAGAAAAACGCCACUUAG